UUAACUUUUUUGACUAUGAGCAUUUCCAGGUAUUAUGAACCAUCAGAAUUUGCACCAUUCUUGGAACCAUUGCUGGAUUCUGUAUGUGCCUUAUUGAGUCUACACAGGAACAAUACAGCACUUUAUUACCAAACUCAGCCAAAUGACGGACUAAUAAUUACAUUCGUUCAUCGACUUAUAAAAAUGGCCAAUCCUUUAAGAGCAGAAGUAGUGAAGCUUUAUAAAAACCUCCUGUUCCUUGGACGAGAAUAUCCAAAAGGUGAAAGUUAUUUUAAAGAACGUCUGAAAAAAGCUUUUAUGAAAAACAAGGAUGUCAACGAUCCUGAAAAGAUUAGAGAACUCAUUACACGGGGAGAAUUUGUUAUCAAAGAGAUUGAAGCGUUAUACUAUCUUAGGAAGUACCGAGCAAUGAAGCAGCGUUAUUAUGCAGACAAUCAGAAUGCAGAACAGAGCAAAUCUGAUACUCAUUGAGAAACACUUGUUGGGGACACCAAGAGACCGAAGACUUUGACCACAAUUGAAAACUGAUUUGCACACAUGUGAUCUGAUUCAGAAAAAGGCUAAUAAUAUUAGCUGACAAAUAUCUAUGUAAAUUAAUUGUGUUUAACGUACAAAUCAAACACAAAACUGUUUAUCUUUCUUAUCAGCUAUGAAAUAAGAAAAAUCUUUUGAAUAAAAACAUAAAGUUUGGUUGCUAA